AUGAGUAACGCGGAAGACGACUGGGAGAAGGAGGACCUCGGUCCAUCCCCGACCACGACGGCCACCGCGGCCGCCGCGCUGCAGCCUGGUGCUCAGCCGUUUCGCCCAACUGCUCCCACGUCGACUGCUUCUAUCACCGCAGCGCCUGCCGCGUCUGUGACCUCAGCAGCCCCCGCUCCAGUGCGAGUAGCGGCCACCCCGACGAUUCUUGCACGCCCCAGCCCUGCGACCGCGCCGCAACAGGGCCAGACCCCUACACCGCCCGGCGACGGUGAUGACUGGUUUCGUGGCGCGCCGAGGCCGGCCAACAACCGACAAAUCUGGGAUAGCGCUAACCGCGCCGGGCCGUCGACCACCACCAUUCUCCCUCCAGCCUCGGCCCCACCGCCCAAAAUGCAGAUCCUGAAGCGGCCGACGACCCAAUCGCCCAAACCCACUAGCAGCUCCGGCACGGCCACCCCGAGCAAGAGCAUCGAGCAGCGCGAAGAAGAAUACCGCCUUGCGCGUGAACGGAUCUUUGGUCCUGGAGGAGGAUCGGACAGUGGAUCAAGUUCGCCGGCAACAGCGACCAACGGCGGUGGCUCUGUUGGCAUUCCACCUGGACCAGUCCCUCAGUCCGUGUCCAUGGCUGGUCUGGCCGGUGUGGAUCGCGGCGGCAGCGGCAGCGGUGGACGCCGGACGAACCCGGGAUCCAGGAGUGCCAGCGGAAGGGGGUCGCCGAGGGUCGACGAGGCGGCGCUCGCGCGUGCCGUCAACCAACUGUCCAUGUCUGGCGGCGGACCACCACUACACCAGCAGAGCCGGAGCGGGAACGGCACACCGUCCUACUCGCAGCAGAUGGGCGGCGCCGGCCCCAUCGGUGCUGGCCGGUUUGACGGCAUCCCGCAAUCGCAACUCCAACAACAGCACCAACAACACGUGUACAACCCACAACAACAAAUGUACGGUGGCCAGAACACUGGCGGGUACCCGAAUUACGGACCCGGACCCACUCCUGGAGGCUACGACCGCAACCAAGCCCGCCUCCCUGCCCGUCCACCCAUGGCGCCAAUGGGGGCUGGCGGUGUCCAGGUGACCGUCCAGCAGACGUCAUACGCGUCCGUCCAGCAGAUGCAGUGGGCGCGGGCGCAGGACGAGCACCAGCGACGAAUGGAGCCCAAGCGAUACGACGUCAGCACCACCACGACUGAGCAGUAUUACGCCUCGGGAGCGUAUGCGUAUGGGCCAGGAGGUCCUGCGGCUCCCCAGCCCCAGCCCCAGCUCCAGCCUCAGCUCCAGUCCCAGUCCCAGCAAGGCGGAUACCAGGGGCAAAGGUUCGGCGCCGGUCCUGCGGGUUCUGGUUCAGCCCCCGGCAGUGGGCCUGGUACACCAGGUGGUGGCCCUGCCCUGCGUGGGGGUAUGUCCCCCGGCGUGCUUCGCCAGCCGCGUGGGCCAGGUGCCGGUAACGGAUUCCGGAGCUAG